AAUGUAUUAAUUUACAGCGUCAUUGGUAAAUAAGAAGAUAUGAAGAACAACGUUUUCUUAUUAUUACAGUUGCUCGUUUUCCACCAUCCAAAUUGUACAGGUAUAAAUGUGUGAAUGUCACUUAAAAGUUACAACAAAUCCUACAUCUUAAAUCAUAGAUAAGAUAAUCAAAAUAACUGCUAUAAGACUACUUCGCUAUCUCUGCUACUGAUGACAUGACCGGUUGAAGUGACAGAACAAAUGAUUUUGACAAUCAUAUGUUAAUAGUAAAUAAAAUAAAGAAACAUAGGGAAGUAACUUAUUACAAUUUUUUGAAAUUUAUUAAUUACACAAUGUGACACACUUGUUCUAAGUACCAUGAAGAAAUUGGUUGGGAACAAAUUUUAUGUCUCCGUCAGCUACUUAUUAUUGAUUGCUGUUAACAUUCGGCUUAAAUAGUUCCUUAAAAAUAGAGUUCUUCAAUGCGUUCUUCAGUAAGUUACAUCCUUUCGAGUACCACAACUGAGCCUAACAUGUCUCAUCCAGAUUAUGAACAACUAGCUCAUGAUCAUGCAGCCCUUUUGGUUCUAGUAAGGCAGAUAGGAUCACAGUUGAAAAAUAAAAUGUUCAACAAGUUUUACGAUCGUAUAUCUCGCCUAAACUCUGUCAAUAUAACUGAUUCUGUGGGUCAAGUUAGAAACAUAUACAUUCGAUAUGUUAAAGAACAUCCUGUGGAGAAUAACCUUUGGGGUGAUUUUCAAACUCAUAGGAGACUGUUAGGGCUUGUAACAUUUGGAAAAUAUGAUUCACAGCAAGAGCUUAAUGAUAUUUGUAGAGUUCAUGAACAACUAAAAGUUAAAUAUAUUACAACCCUUUUUGAUUCUCGUUGUAUUUUAUUUGGACCAAGCAGUGACAGUCCCACAGAAGAAACUACAUCUAGUGAUGCAACUAGUUCAAUUAGUAGUUCUACAGAUGCACAUUCUAUUAAAACAACUGAAAAAGAUUUAGAAAAGAAAGAGUUAUAUUUUGAAGAAAAUGAUAAAGAAGUUUUUACAACUCCAUCAAAUUUCAAGACUCGUGCUCUGUUUUACAGUGAAACAGAUCCAUGUGCUGAUCUAGAAGCGCAUUUGACCGAUUUUUUGAAUUCUCUUUUCUGGGUUCUCGAAUCUAAACGUUUGGAGCGUUCUAGAGAAAAGUUAGAACGUGUUUCGCUAUUGCUUGCCCCUUUUGAAAAGAAAGAUUUUGUUGGACUUGACAUGGAAUCACGAAACAACAAAAGACGUUGUACUGGACGGUCAACAAAACAUUUAGGAGAUUUGUGUUUACAAGCAGGUCUAAUAACAGAAGCCUUAACGCAUUAUCAUAAUGCAGCAGAAACACUUAAAUCUGUAAAUGACUGGUUGUGGCUUGGAGCAGCUUAUGAAGGGCUAUGUACUGCUACGGCUUUAGUUCUGUAUCCUAACAUAUACAGAAAUGCCCCUUUACACCGUAAUUCGAGUUUGCAAGAAGGCUCUCCCAAGAGAUCAAAUUCAAUAACUACCCCUAUAUUGGAUAUAGUAAAAAAGGAGGUACCCAAUACUUUACCACCAGAAGAAAUCUCAAAAAAAUAUCGAGAGGCAAUUGUUCACUACAGUAAAUAUCAAAAUGCCGGAAUAAUAGAGACAGAGGCUUGCUUCAAAGCAGCCCGGAUAUCAGUAGAACAAAAUCAUCCACUGCAAGCAGCCAGUUUCCUUCAAAAUGUGGUUUUUAUAAAUCUAACUCUUUCUGAACAGGAGAGGAUUCAACGUUUCGAAACACUAUCUGAUUUAUAUAUGCAAAUAGGGUUUAUGAGAAAAGCAUCUUUUUGUCAAAGGCUGGCAGCCACACGAUACGUUUCAGCUCAAAAUCCAACCCCCAAUUGGAGCCAAUGCUAUAACUUGAUGUUGCAAAGUUUUAGGGGGCACAAGAUAAGUUUGGAUCCUACUGAAAUGAUGUCAACUAAUGUUCAAGUCGGAUGGUCCACUUUACAAAUCCAAUUACUUCAGGAAAUCGUGGUUGCUGCAAAACGUAUGGGUCACUCGGCCUUAGCAACUAGACAUAUGACCUUCCUGUUGCAGACUAUGUGGCCCUAUCUGUCAAUUAACGAUCAGAAAGAAUUUGCAAUACAGUUACAAUCGUUAUCAGCUCAAUGUGAAGGAUCACCUGUGUCAUUAGUUCUCGACAACGGUACAGUGAUUCCCCCUGCGAAUCUUACAAACAUUCCUAUUUGUGCGGGUUUUAAUUUAAGAAACUUACAACCCCAUUUGAGACCUCGAAAAAUCCAAGUUCUAAAGCAAGAUUCCGGCCCUUUCUUAUUUACGCCAAUAAACUUCGGUAGUUUGGAACGUAAAAGUGCCAAGGUCCAAAGUAAAAUGGAUUUCUUUUGGAUUGAAAACGAUCUUUGUGAAGUAACACUAAAAUUAGUUAACCCAUUACCAUUUGAAUUAAAAGUAUCCAAUAUGCGUUUACUUACUUCUGGUGUCGUGUUUGAGUCGAUACCGGAAACCGUUGUUCUUCCUUCGGAUACGCCUACUUUAGUUACACUGAACGGUUCUCCUAAAGAAAGUGGUGAACUUGAGGUAUUGGGUUAUAGCACACACACGUUGGGGGUGAAGUCAAACUGUAGAUUGCGAUAUAUGAAGGGUUUCUUGCCGCAAUACACCAUCGAAGUGAUACCCACCUUACCCACUGUGGAAGUCAAAACUUCAUUACCGGAAAGCGCCACGUUUUCCACGUUUCAGAAUUUUGAAAAUGUCGUUACUUCGGCUAGUUUGAGUCUGUACAACGGCGAAAGUACUCAAUGCGUCAUCACCAUUGCAAAUACCAGUCAAGUACCCGUCGAAAUGUUGGAGGUGUCUAUUCAAAGUGUCCUGGAACCUUCACUUCAAGAUCAAAUUUUCAAGUGGUCGAACGACGACUUACAAAAGCAGUUACCACUUCUUCCUGGUAACAGUGCAAGUUUAACGAUUAACUUGUACUCUGCUGCUAAUUUCCUAGCUUCUGGUUUCAAUGGACCGGAACUUAGUAGUGGAGUAUUUGGAAGUUCACAUGCCAGCAGUAUAAUGUCAGCCUCUGCGGGUCCUAGUUCCUUACCUUCGAGACUAAACUCGCCAGUACACAGUACCAUGGGAAAUAGUUUUCAUGGAAGAAGAAAUGACUUAAAUUCCAGUUUUCGAUCUUCUAAUUCUGGACAGUCCAGUAUGACGACAACAGGUUGUCGAUCUCCUGGUGCAUUGACUCUUCCUCAACAUGUUGCAUCUGCAGUAGUGGAUGCACAGUUGCAACUCCGUUUUAGUGGAGGUUCAGGUUUCCAAGCAGGCUAUUGCAGGUCUUGUUCAAUUUUCAUAACAUUAGAAAUGAUCCCAUCGAUGCAAGUUACAAAUUGGGAUGUUCUGCCUGCCGAGACGUAUUCGCAAUUUUAUUUGGUUCUGGAUGUGGCCAAUUUGACUUCACAAGAGAUGGAAGUAUAUUACACACCCAGUAAACAUAUGCUCAUUGAGGGUCACGAAAGUUGUCGGGUACCAGUACCUGUAGAUCGUUGUCCGUUGUCAAAAUUGACUAAGUUUUACAUGGAGCAAAAAAGUGGACUCGAUGAUCGACUAGAUUUGGACAAAAUUUGUUCAGAACAUAUUGCGAACUUGGUUGAUUUAUCUUGGCAUUUGAUGUCUACUGAUACUAGGGGUAAAGCCUCACUUAAGGGUAUCACGUUAACCCCAAACAUGCUCGAUAUUGUACGCAUGUCCCCCAUACAAUGGGAAGUUUUAAUUAACGAUGGCUUGAUAAAGCCUCAGGAGGAGGUAAAUUGUGUCGUUGGAGAAUGUUUGGAAAUUAAAGUUGGGGUCAGUAAUUGCUUUGAGAAACCCCUAAGGCAACUGACUUUGUCAGUUCAAUUUUAUCAGGAUUACCAAAAUGGGAUGCAAAAUUAUCAGCUGGAAACUAGACUUGCCUUUACUGGAACAACAAAGAUUAUUUUGCCGCCCUUGGAGCCGCAAGACAAAGCAAAACAUGCAUGUAAUGUUGUAUUCUUUAAUUCUGGACACUACAAAAUGGAUAUUCAAUGUUCUGCUCCAGAAUGUUUAGCUUCAACACCGAGUGUUAACACAACAGGUCAUAUUUGGCGAUUCCUGCCAGCAAUAGAAGUUAAUGUAAAUUAAGUAUUAAUUUUCCUUUACAUGUAUAUGUAUUACAUAGAGUAUUUAUUUUUUAUUAUGUAUGUAAGACUGAAUAAAAUGUGAAAAGAUUAAUA